GGCAGCAGCGCGUGACGGUGUGACCUGCGGCGGCAGUGAAACCGCGUUAAUUUUCGCACACGGUCUAUUCUAUCAUCGAUGUCUAUACUUUGUCGUGAAUGUAUAAAUUGCGUGUAAACUUUACAUGGUAGACACGUGUAAACUAGAACUAGACAAUCGUGAGAUCACUUACGAACCCCCGUUUAUAAAUGAAAUCUAAAACUGAAGUUUCAGACACUUUUCAUUAGUUAUUGUUUAAAUUAUUUUUAACGUAAAACAUUAUAUUUUUUGCCGUUGUUUUCUGUUGUUUUGUUCUGAGUGUUUGUUAUUAAGUUUUAAUUUCUCUACUGAUCGUAAUAAAUAUCUACCAUUUCUGUAAAUUAUUAAAAGUCAAGCGUGAAACUUCCAUACCCGGGAGAAUUGUUUUUGGCUUUGUUUCAUAGAGAAAAGAGAAGAGAUGGGAAAAUCUUCUGUUCCACAUGUACCAGAAAGCACAAUUCCGUCUACAUCGGGCCUUCAAACAGAGCAAAAGGGAGACAACAUGAGAAAGAAUGAGGAAUCUAACGGGAAAGAGGAGAACGAAGGCUCGGUCGCUGACUGGGUGUCGGGCGGGCCAAUCGGGGCGAAGGGCGCCGUGCUCGUGUUUCGGUCGUGCGUGCUCGCCUCGAGGACACCCUCCAUGGAGUCCACUACGAAAACCGUUGGCAAUAAUACAGGGACCACUAUACUAUUAAAUAAGGCAAAAAAUAUGGCGAGAAGACUAGUCGCAGAGCCCCAUGCGUUCAGCGUAAGACCCAAAAACAUAAUGCACGAUGUGAUGGAGACCUUCGGCAAUAGCAACAAGUACACCGGCCAGGCUUACGUCGUGAGGCACGUGAGUGACGCCGACGUGCCCGAGACCCCCGAGGAGCAAGGCCAUGAACCCAUGGAACAUAAGCGGGACAUCGAUGACGUGCUGAAUGACCUGAACAAGAUCACGCUUAAGAGGAAUCUCAAUAUUGAAAACACCACCGCUAAUAUUAAACCGCCUGAAGAACCACCGCCGUCUAGUAAAGAGAAAGACGAGAAGAAAGCCAAAAAGAACAAAUCUAAGAACAAGCGCAAGACGCGAGCAUCGUCGCCCUCCCUCGACAGCGAUGACUCGGAGCACAUGUUAGUUAAGGAAAUAGAUAGUAUUAAGGUUUUAGAAAGCUGUCACAUGCCGGCGCGCAUGCUGAAGAUCACGUACAAACUAGUCAACACGGAAACCAAGUUACUGCACCGCCUGCUCCAAGCCCACGGCCUCCAAGAGGCGCCCACCGAUGCCAAAGAGUUCAACCUGAUGUGGGCGGGCCUGCAUCCCAAGCCUGAUGUACUCAGAUCGCUGACGCCGUACCAAAGAGUCAACCAUUUUCCAAGGUCAUACGAACUGACGCGCAAAGACAAACUGUUCAAGAACAUAGAGAAAAUGCAAUACUUUCGCGGCCUGAAGCACUUCGACUUCAUUCCCACCACAUUCCUGAUGCCCGGCGAGUACAAGGAGCUGUGCACCACGCACUACAGGACCAAAGGGCCUUGGAUUGUCAAACCUGCCGCAUCUAGCAGAGGACGGGGGAUCUAUAUUGUUAAUACGCCCGAACAGAUACCCAAAGGCGAGAAUGUGGUGGUAGCCAAAUACAUAGACAAGCCAUUGCUCAUAGGGGGUCACAAGUGCGACCUCCGGCUAUACGUGUGCGUGACCUCCAUCGACCCAUUGCUCAUCUACCUGUACGAGGAGGGUCUGGUGAGGUUCGCCACCGUGAAGUAUGAUAAAACCAACAAGAACCUCUGGAACCCUUGCAUGCACCUCUGCAAUUACAGCAUCAAUAAGUACCACACAGAUUAUAUCAAAUGCGACGACCCCAAUGCAGGGAACAUCGGCCACAAAUGGACCCUGUCGGCGUUACUCCGACACCUGAGGAAGCAGGGGAGGAACACGGCGGCGCUGAUGGCUGCUGUCGAGGAUCUGGUGGUGAAGUCCAUCCUAUCCUCAGCUCAAACCAUAACUGCGGCCGCUAGAGUCUUCGUGCCCAGCCUGUUCAACUGCUUUGAACUAUUUGGAUACGACAUACUGAUAGAUGACAUGUUGAAACCCUGGUUGUUGGAAAUCAAUUUGUCACCAAGUUUAGCCUGCGAGAGUCCGCUGGACGCGCGGGUGAAGUCGGCGCUGCUGGCCGACACGCUCACUCUGGUGGGGCUGCCCGCGAUGCCCACGUCCAAGAACGAUGCCUCGCCGCAGACCAACUCGCUGAAGAUGAGGAUUGGAGCUUGUCGGCGCGUGCACUCGGCCGAGAACGCGUGCGUGCGCGGCAAGCCGGGCGCGCAGGGGGGGGCGGCGGCGCUGGGCGGGCUGCUGACGGGCGAGGAGCUGCGGCUGGUGCGCGCCGUGCGGGCGCAGUACUCGCGCCGCGGCGGCUUCGUGCGCAUCUUCCCCAGCCAGAACUCGUGGCAGAAGUACUCGCAGUAUCUCGACCCCGUGAGCGGCGUGCCGGUGUGCUCCACGUCGCUGAACAACAACGCGCCGUACACCGUGGUGCCGCACAACUACAACCUGCUGGUGCACUCGCACGUGCUGCCGCACUUCCAGCACGCCACCGUGGCCACCAGCCUCACCGACACCCCGCAGAGGUUGAAGCGGUACGAGGCCGUGUGUAUCGCAGGCGCCGCCCCCGCCGUGCAGCUGUGCGACAGCCCGGCGCCGCAGCCGCCGCGAGACGCGCGACGCGCCAAAGACCUUGUCAAGAAACAGCUCAGCGAUGGACUCACUCUCACCACGGGCGAGGUGCGGCGCGCGUUCGGCCUGUACCUGACGCACGUGCUGAAGCGCGUGUCGUCGCCUAGCAACGAGCUGGCGGUGCAGCACGCGGCGCUGGUGCUGCGCUUCCUGCGCCGCGCCUCCUCCUCGCUGCGCAUGCCAUACAAUGUAAAGGGCCCGCCAGCGAAGAUGUGCGACAAAGACCGCUGCGCCGUGAUCGCCAAGCAGCUGAACGACUUCCUGUACAUGUACUACCGCGAGACCGACCUCUACACCGACAGCGAGGACCGCGCCGGCUGCGUCGCCAACAUACACUUCGCGCAGUUCCUGCACUCCGCCAGUGAGGCGGACCUAGAGGACGUGCUGUUGCUGUUGCUGCGCACGCAGAACUACGUGGCGACGUUCCUCGGCGACGGGCGCGGCGGCGCGCUGUGCGUGGACCUGCCGCCCGCGCGCCGCGCGCCCCACCCGCCGCGACACACGCUGCUGCGCCACCUGGCCGCGCUCGCGCACGUCAACUGCAGGAAGUACCGACCCGAAGUGGAAACAUCGAGUCGCUCUGAGCAAGAAGAGACUUCGAGUGCGGACAGCGCGCCGCCCUUCGUCAGCUCCGAGCUGGUGCUGAAGGAGUCGCUGAAGGAGGAGAAGCCUCUCAACCUCGCGCUCAAGUACGCGCGCUCAUAGCGACGCACGGCGUGAGGUGGCCAGUGGCCAGGGCUAACAGGUUUACCCUAUUUGUCAUAUAGUCCAGUCAUAAUAGGGAUUUCACCAUAGAUAAUGAGCUAGAAAAUCAUUUAAACUAUUAUUUUAGGAUUCCAAGGCGCCAACAGCGAAAGGUGGCCAGUGGCCUGGGCAAACAGGUUUACCCUAUUUAUGAUACAGUCCAGUCAUAAUAGAUAUAAUAAGCUAGAAAAUCAUAUAAACUAUUAUUUUGGGAUUCCAACGGCGAAAGGUGGCCAGUGGCCAGGGCAAAUAGGUUUACCCUAUUUGUCAUAUAGUCCAGUCAUAAUAGGGAUUUCACCAUAGAUAAUGAGCUAGAAAAUCAUUUAAACUAUUAUUUUAGGAUUCCAAGGCGCCAACAGCGAAAGGUGGCUAGUGGCCAGGGCAAACAGGUUUACCCUAUUUAUGAUACAGUCCAGUCAUAAUAGAGAUAAUAAGCUAUUUAUUUUAGGAGUCCAACGGCAAAAGGUGGCCAGUGGCCAGGGUAAACAGGUUUACCCUAUUUGUCAUAUAGUCCAGUCAUAACAGAGAUUUUACUACAGAUAAUGAGCUAGAAAAUCAUAUAAACUUUUAUUUUGGGUUUCGAAAGCGCCAACGGCGAAAGGUGGCCAGUGGCCAGGGCAAACAGGUUUACCUAUCCUACUUGUCAUAUAGCCCAGUCAUAAUAGGUAUUUUACCACGAAUAAUGAACUAGAAAACCAUAUAGACUUUCAUUUUGGAAUUCCAAGGCGCCAAUAGCGAAAGUUGGCCAGUGGCCAGAGCAAACAGGUUUACGCUAUACGUCGUAUAGUCCAGUCAUAAUAGAUAUAACAUCUAAUAAGCUAGAAAUCAUAUAUACCUUAAUUUUGAGAUUACUAGACGCCAUCGAUACGUGAAUGCUAAUUUCGUCCAGUCAUAUUGAGGUAUUAACCUCAGCGAGGCAGAUAAUAAUCCUAUAUUAUGUUAUCAUUCUUAUAAGCCACCUCCAAAUACGUAAAUCCAAUGGUGGUAUUGCCAAAAUCUAUCAAAAAAAAUUGGGAUCAAGAGACAACACAAGGCAUAUCAAGCAUCAAUGCGACCGUGGAAUAUCAUCAGAUAGAGUCAUUGCGACCUCAUCUGUGGAGAUGACGCCUAAAUUUUGUCUCAAAAAACAUAUAAAAUUCCGAUUUCGCAUCUUUAAAUAUUCAAAGAUAUACCCAUAUAAGGAUUUCACAUUAUAUGGAUUUACCGCAGAAUGAGUUACCAAGCUAGAAAGUCCUAUUAGAAAUCUUUAUUUCGGUAAAUAUAAUACGUGUAUCAAAUGUCCUUAAAUCUCGUAUCCACGCUCAAAAUGGAUUUUUGUCAUUAGUGUAAUUUAUCAUGCAUAUCCAAAUUUUGCAUGAUAAAUUACAAUUCGAUAAAUUUUAGAGGUUUUAGCAGCUUUAUUUUCGCAAUCUAAAAGUUGUAUCAAAAUUAAAAGUCUCAAAAUUUCGUGACCGUGUCUUAAGAUAAUCAAGAUGACUCCAGUAAUUUUACAGAAUCUCGGAAUAAGAGUUAAUAAGCUGAAAAUCAUAAUUUAAAGCUUUGUUUCAGCAUCAGAUGUAAUACAAAUAUGUACUUAAAAUUAAAUUUAAUCAAACACCUCAAUAAAACUUUGCCACAGUCCUACGUUUACACAUACUUCCUAAUACAAAAUUAAUAAAUUUAAUGUAUUACAUACGGAAUUCGAAUGGUGAUUUAGUAUAUAACAAUGAUCCUAUUUAUAAUUAAGUGAUACGAAAUUUCGAAUUAAUAGUUAAAACGUUUAAACUAAAAUUAUCAAAUUCUAGUUAAAUAAAACACAUAAUAGUCUAUUUUCCGUAACCUAGGUAAAAAUCUCGCUUAUAAGGUUCAUUAGGGUCAUUAACUAGUAAGAAAAAAGUUAAAACCUAAAUAGAAACAUUGUGAUGACAAAGAAAACGGAUUCUAAAUUUGAUCUGCAAGUGAUGGGGUUGAAAUAAAUUCAAGGCAAAAGACCGGUUUUACCACCUUCUGGUAGAUGUCAGAUAGCUUAUUCACAAGUUUUGUGGCAAAGGCAAAACAUAGCAAAAGACAUUUGCUACCAUAUUUAUAAACAUGGAUUAAGAUUUAAACUGCAAUUUUCUUCAAAGUAAAGUGAGCUUUAAAUAGUAGUUAUUAGAUACAAUUUACUUUUUAAAUAUGGCUUUUAGAGUAAUCGCUUAUCAAAAGGUGGUCAAGCCCUAAACGAGGUGUUCAAUUGCAAGAAAUUAAGAGAAAAGUUCUUUACAGCAAUACAGCGGGAACUGUGUAAGAAAACAAUUAAAGAUUUCCGAAAAUAUUUUGACACUAGUGGAUAAAAUACGAUUUUGCGCGACGGUUUGUAAUUGCAAAUCAAAGCCUUUGAGAGCUGAUGUGAUGAUAGAUUUAAAGAAAUUACUGUUUUAGUACGAAUUCUAAAAAUACAUUUAGUGUAUAUGGUUGUGAGGAGAAAAAUAUAGAAAGAAAGAAAGAAAAGAAAAAAAAAUAUUUUUUUUGGACACACACACACAUAAUACACAAAAGACAACAAAUACUUAAAACAAAAGAAAGUAAUUUUAAAAAUAUAGUGAACUUAUAAUUUAAAGAUAUUAAACUAAUAAAAAAUUUAUUCCAAAAUAAAAUAUGAUGUGUGUGGUACCAAAAUGGUCACCACUCAGCAUGUGCUACGCUAGUGAUGGAUGCACCAGCGCAGCGCUGGUCUUCAGUAAUGGUAAUAUGUACAUUUUAAUUUAUAAACAAUUAGCGAUUGUUUUUUUUAGUUUUUGUGUUUUCUGAAGUGAAAACUAUAGGCGUCUUUAGUGUUGCAUUCUUUAGGCCAGUUGUUAAGGCAAGUAGUAUAAUACCUAAAGACAUUAUCAUUGCAACCUUUGCAAAUGUAACAUAUUUUUGGUCAGUCAAAUUCUUGUGCCUAAUAUUAAUAAAAUCUCUAAAAUUAAAUUGUGUGGAACUUAACGCGUGUUUUUCAAAUAAGAUACAAUAAUAAAUCUGUGUUUCACUACCUUCUGAGAUAGUCUAAAUGUGACUUAUGUCACUUAUUUACAUUAUGUCAAAUGACAAAGACAAAACUUGUGAAUAACGUAUCUGGCACUCAUCAGAAGGUUUUGAAACGGGCCCUUAAUAUUAAAGCAAGCCUGUGUUUUACCACCUUCUGACAAUCUCAGAUAGUCUCGAUAGUCUCGAUAGCCCUCAUUCGCACAAAUAUAAUGCGUUGAUAUCGUAAUGAAGUUAAAUAAAGGUCUAUUUCCAACGCCCAAAUUUGAAAACGCAAUACACAGCUCGAAAAAAAGCGUCCUUUUAAAAAUGUUGCAUUUCCAAGUAAGUAUAUGUUAUACUUGGGAAUGCAUUUGUUGUAUUUCAACGCUAUUUAACGUCCGUAAAAAAACUCGUGCGAAUGAGCGCUAAACGUAAGUUUUGUCGUAUAGCAAAGAUAAAACCUAUCCGACACUUAUCAGAAGAUGGUGAAACAGGUACUAAUAUUAUAAAAUGCGUUAUAUGUAGCAUUUUCACGUCCUGCUUUCUGCAAAGUUAAAGUGCCUCUAAUAAGCCUUUGGCAAAUUGACGGUACAAACUGAAUAAUUGUUUAGACUAUUAAAGUGAGGCGUUGUGCAAACGUAGACUAUUUUGACUCAUCAACUGCGACGAGUCAUCGACGCGCAGUACUUUAGCAGGGGUAUUACAUAAAGUCUUUAUUCCUUUAUACAUUUUUAUUUAAAGUUUGUUUCAUCUUUUAAUAAAAAAGGUAUUCUAAAAUUAAAAAUAAAAAUCGAUCUAAAUAAAACGACAUAGACAUAUAUUUAAUUAUAAAAAAAUUGAAAGUAAUUCCUUACUUUUACAAUUUUUUGUAUAUUAUUUUGAUGUUGGUGUAUUAUUUUGAUUUUUCACAUCUACCACAAUGUCUGCGUUUGCGCAACGCCGUAUGUUGAGUUCUGACCGGCUUUACGCGGCGUAAUGUAACGUGUUACAAAGCGAACAUUUUUGCUCUUAUACCGCAGACAUACAAUGCAUUCUUUCCCUGCCUACUCACACAUUUCUCUACUCGUGCAAAUAAUCGCGACGCCCGUACUUAUAGUUUGACAAAUUCGUUCGUAUCACUCCCGAUGGUCCGCGCGGGCCGUAAAGAGAGUAGCGCGCACGAAUUCACACCCGCGCAAUCUUUUCCUCUGCCACGCGCUCACGACUUCACACCCGCGCAGUCUUUUCCCCCCGUCGCCCGCAUGUCAGUGUCAUCAAAGAACUUGUCAAGCUAUAGUUCUUCGGCUCGCGCUCAAAACCGACUAAAUAAGCGUUAGGUAGGACAAGCGGCAUGAUAUGCGGCAAUACGGGUAAUGUGGCCUAACGUCAUCUCGGCCUACUUCCCUCGCUACUUCCCACUCCCCUCGUGCGUGUAGCAUUUCAAUCAGUCCGGGGAACAAGCGAGCAAGACUCGUGUUCAACAGUGAGCCGAAUAUGGGUUGCUACAGUUCGUUUCAUGUAGGAUGGUGCGGGUGACAGUUCGUUUCACUCUUGAAAGUUUACCGCGAUUCACUAUAACAGUAAGUAUUAUGAACGUCAUACAGGCGACUGUCACCGUACCCAUGCUAUCUGAAAAACACCUUUAAUGAUGAUGAUGUAACACCGGUCAGUAACCAACUAUAAUACGAAUGUAGCAAUAAUCUUAACAACCAAAGAUACAGAUUAUAUUUACAUGUAGUUGUAAUAUACAUAGUGCAUUAUCUGACACUGCUGGCUGUUCGCACCGCCGUCUUAAACUAGGCUGGGGCCCGUGGGCACACGAGAAUUUGGGGCCCUUUUGGCAAGUAAAAAAAAACGAAUUGUACUAAAUUUUUUUUACUAAGUAUGACCAUUUUUUAUAUAUAGUAAGGCAAUCAAAUACAGUCAUCAUCAUCUCCUUACCCUUAUCCCACUUAAGUGGGGUCGGAAAAAUAUGUCAAGGCAAUCAAAUACAGUACCUAAUACCUAUAUUAUAAUAUGUCAUUAAUGGUCUUAGAAUGCUGCUGAUUUUUCGAUUACGAUAACGGUUUCUUUUGGGAUUUCUGUUGAGCUAAAUCUUGUAUUAGGUAUAUCCUUAAAGUUUAUAUUUUGAUGGAUAUUGAUAUUGUCAGUCCUUUGUGGCCCCCUGGGAAUGGGGGCCCUGGGCACGGGCCCCGUGUGCCCUUAUGGUAAAGACGGUAUUGGCUGUUCGCAAUACUUAAUUAAUUAAUUAAUUAAUAAUAACAUAAGGUGCUAUUUGUGGAACGAUUAUUAUCGACAUAUUUAGAUGUAGUCGCAAAAAUAUCACAACAUUAUCUACAUUAUUCUAAACUACUUAGUAAUAUUACCUUGUAAGUGUAAGUCCUGAAAAAUAGCGGAUAUGUGUUAGCCGUGGCGAUACGACUAUUAAUAGAAGAUCCGAAUUAUAAACGACCUUCACCCAUCUGUUUAAUGGAUUAAAAGUGUUCUGGGACAAUUUUAAGAUCUAUAUAAUAUGUAAAUGUAACAAUUACUUACAAUUAUUAUUUUGUAAGCUAAACUAUUAACCUAAGGACUAGCGGUGUUUAAAAAUUAUUUUCAUAUAAUAACAGCGGUAUUUAGAGCCAAAAAUAUAAUUUAUUAAUUAUCUUGACUGGGAAAAAAGUAAAAUGUUAAUCGUGACGCAUUUGUACUCAUUUCCUUCAGUAAGUUAAUAUAAAAAUUAUAUUGAGAGUAAGUUUUCUAAAACUCCUUACUAACUUAAACUAAAAUAAACUAUCAUUAAUAUAAUUAAUAAUGGUGUAUAAGAGUUAAGCCAGAUUUUUUAAGUACUUAACCUACUAUCAAAAUAUAUUUUAAUAUCAUCAUGAACAAUAUCACAAUACUGAGCCGCCUGCAUCCAGCGAAUCCCUGCGACUCGCAUGAUGUUGUCAGUCCAGCUGGUGAGGGGUCCACCAAUACUUUCUAGUGUGGGGUUGCCAUUCCAGCACCUUGGGACCCCAAUAUGCAUUAGCUCUAAACUAUUUUCACAUUUCUACAUGGGUGAAGGUCGUUUUUAAUUCGGAUGUUUGACUAUUUUGAAAUGGACGUCGCCGCGUCCGCUCGCACUCUGGACAUGGUCAAACUUGUCGAGUAUUUGUUGAUACGCCGAAAUUACGACGUACGUGCAUGCAUGUUCGGUGCAGAUGUGAUAUCUCACUGAAUAUAGUAGAAUGAGUGAUUUGUACUUAAAAUACAGUAUUAUGGAUAUUUCCCUUUAAUUUAUAUGAACAUUGCCCUAGACUGAAGAAAAAAUAUAGACAGAACACUUUUUCAAAACAGCCGAUAUAAUAUUUGAACUAACACGAGAAAAUAUUAUUGACCCGGAAUUCAUUUCAUAGAAAUUUUCAUGUCAUAAAAUGUGUACUUAAUUUAAUUUAUGGAAAUCUUUUGGGUAUCUGUUAACAAGCAAUCGACUAAUCAAAUUCAUAUGAAAAGCCUUGAUGGUUCACCUUUUUUAGGUGUGGAAUUACACAGCUGGUGCAAUAUUGGCACAUUGUGUACCUAUAAGUUUCGAUAUUUCGUCCUAAAAACCUUAUUUAAUUACGUUUUAAUGUUAUUUCUCAAUAUUUUAUUUUGAUUUUUUUUCUUUCAAUGAUACAGAAAAAGACAUGGGUUAUUAUAUGUAGACAAAAUUAUUAAAUUUUGACAACAUAAAGAAAUAUCACUGGGCUUGUUUUACAGAUAGUGUUGAAACCAGAAAAAUAGUGAAGUGGCACCGUCCAUCUUUUCUCUUUAGUCAUGCUAUUUUGUACUGCAAUUAGGUUUAUUUGAAUAAUAUAUUAAUGAAAUCGUUGAUCGGUUUCAUAAAUUUUCUAUUUAUUUUUUUAAUUUUGAUUAUUUUCUAUGCAAUAUUUAGAAUUUUAUUGUGAGUGUUUUGUGAUUUUAGAAAUAUUAGCAACUUGUCUGUGAAAUAGAGGAUUAUAUUAGGUAUGUGGUACCGUAUGUGGUACCUUGUGGUUCCUUCUAUUUUUCUUUCAUGGUCAUCGGCUAAAAUCGGCAUACUGAGUACAUAAUCGACAACAUUAUCAAAAACCAGUAUGAAUUAUAUGACAGGUUUAUUGUUUAAUAUAACAUUUAUAUAUUUAACUCAAGGUGAGUUAGAUAAAGAAAUGUUUAACAGAUCAGUUAUAUAAAUUGUACUUUAUUUUUUCAAAUAAAUGUGCAAUAGAAAUCUCGCUUAAAAUCAGUCACAUAUAAUUUAUUGAAGAUUUAGUAGUUGAUAACGCAAUAAACGAUGCUAGUCGAAUAUAUUUGACAUACUUGUUUAGGGGAUUAUUGUUAAUAAUUAUGAUUACUAAAUUAAAAUAUGUACUUAUUAUUAAUACAAAAAUCGGUCCAUUGAAAUUAAUUUAAUUUACAUUUCAACAUUUUCCUUGCCUCUGGGUGAACAAUUAGAUGGUGUGUAUUUGUUAUAAUUAUUUUAUUUAUUAUAAAUUUAAAUUUAAUAUACUGUGUAAUUCUUAGUUUUAAUUAAUAUAUUCUUUUCAAUUUUCUGGCAACAUGGCGUAAACAAUAUAAACUUGCUAACAUUUUUUUAAAUAAAAUAUUGAAAACAGAGUUUUUUUAUGUAUUGACAUUGUAUGAUUAGGUUAUUUAUAUUAUUUAAACGCACCAAAGUAUUUUGUUGGCAGCUGAGCUGAUUUGAGAUAUUUUUUUUAUUUUUACAAUUUUUAUUGCUUAUAUGAAUUAAUUAUUAUGUAUGUAUGAAAUAAACACACUUUUGAUUAUUGGUAAUGCAUUUUGAUUAAUUCUUGAAAGAAAUAUUACAUUAUCAUGUUAAUUUUUAAUUACAAAGAAUAGCUUAUAUGUUAUUUUUUUUCUUUAGUGGCAUGUGCCUGCUAAUUAAAUUGUCUGUUUCAUACAUUGUUUCACCGAAAGGAGCAUUAUUAUCACAAUUCAUAAGAGCUAACCGGCACCAAUUUGCCUCGUAGUAGCAUGGGAACGAGGCGAUCCCUUCCAAAUCCAUAUAAGAACACUAUACGAUGUGGUGCUUGUCGGCUCUAAUGAGUUAUGACCCUAACUUAAAAUAUAAUGUAAAAUUAUAAAUUGAGCUUAUGAAUAUGAUUAUAAUAUCGGCAUGUGUUAGUCAGUAAGGUAGUGCCAUAAGCAAUACAAAACGCAGUGUUCAAAUGUUAUGCUUAGGUGUUGCGUGGGAAGCUUUGCUCGAAUUAUGUGGUGUGAUGAUUUUAAUCUCAUUCAAUAAAAAUAUAUUUUCAAUACGCUGAAAUAAAUGAUUAAAAAAUG